AUGACUGCCUCGCACGCCGCUGGAAGAUUCCCGAACCGGAGAUGCAGCUCGAGCUCCGGUUUACAGCUGAAUCAUGAAGCUACCAAUAUUUCUGCUGUUUUCCAUCUACUGUCUGUCCAGCAACUCACUGCUGCAAUGUGAUGCUGUUUUAACACUGUCAGCACCAGAAUUUGUUUCCCUGCAAAUUGGUAAUGUUCAAAACAUCAGCAUUGCACCAAGAGUACCACUACAGAAGAACUUAGUUGUCACAUUCAAUGUGACAUUCGCGUCCAAACACGGUUCCAUUGUUCAACUCCCUGAGCACGUAGUUUUGCCCUCUAACUCUGUGAGCUCAACAUUUUUUCCAGUCAAAGGACUUCAAGUUGGACAAGCCAUCGUGUACCUGCAGAACACAGAUAACAAUCUGACCAGUUCUCUGGGAAGAAUUCGCUUUCUCGUGGUGAAAAGUGAUGUCUUGACGAUCAUAAACCAAGUGAUUGGUUGGAUUUAUUUCUUGGCUUGGUCCAUCUCCUUCUAUCCGCAGAUCUUUGAAAACUGGAAACGGAAAAGUGUGGUUGGAUUGAAUUUUGACUACCUGGCACUUAAUCUGAUGGGUCAUACAGCCUAUGGCGUUUUUAACAUUGGCCUUUUCUGGAUUCCAUAUAUUAAGAAACAGUUUUUAGAAAAUAACCUGAAUGGGGUGGACCCAGUAUAUGCGAAUGAUGUUUUCUUCAGCCUCCACGCCAUCUUGCUUACAGCAAUUACAGCUUGUCAGUGUUGUAUCUAUGAGAAAGGGGUACAAGAAGUGUCGAAGGCCGCUAUUGGAAUGCUGGUGGCCUGUGUGUUGUUCGCUCUUGUCACCUUGUUUGUGACGAUAGCUGGCGAACUCACAUGGCUCCAAUACUUUUACUAUUUCUCUUACAUCAAACUAGGUGUCACACUCAUCAAAUACAUCCCCCAGGCAUACAUGAAUUAUCAAAGGAAGAGCACAGUUGGUUGGAGUAUUGGCAAUGUGCUCUUGGAUUUUACUGGGGGCAGUUUUAGCCUUUUGCAGAUGGUUCUGCAAUCGUACAACAAUGGAGAGUGGAAACUGAUUUUUGGGGACCCAACAAAGUUUGGUCUUGGAUUGUUCUCGAUGAUGUUUGAUGUUCUCUUCAUGGUGCAGCAUUAUUGUCUGUACAGAAACAAUCUUGGGGGCUAUGAAGAACUAACUUAAUAAUGAGGCUUAUUCAAGGCUACAUUGGAAUUGCUCGCUGAUCUAGAUCAUGUGUUUGGGCAACAUUUUAUUGGCUUCAAUUACUUCACUGACUGGAGCAAGUUGGUUGCAGUGAAAUAACUAACACCUCAGCAGCCAUUCAGGAUGGACUGUCUGAACAGAAGAGGGUGUAUUUCACACAAAUAUUCAACACUCCAUAAUGCUGACUGGUGUGUUUUUUACAGAACAGAUUUUUUUUAUUCCAAGAGACUCAAGGGAACAAAAUGUUUUUUUAAAAAAUGAAGUGGAUCAAUGUACUGUAAUGUUAAUUCUACUCUAUGCAAGGCUGCCUUCAUUUCUACAAAUAGCCAAUAAAAAGAUCUGACCUGG